CGUCCUCCUCCUCCUUCUCGUCCUCCUCCUCCUCGCAGGCUGUGGUUUUUCUGUAUGUGUUUCUGGAGUCCUGAGCCUGAGCUAAACAAAAGCAGGAGGCUGACGGGGCUGUCGGAGUUUGCAGAGACACGGAGGAGGAGAGAGCCUGUGCUCUGCCUGCCGCCGCGGCCGGGGGAGAUCUGGCUUUUGCAACAGCCCACCCCCUUUGAGAUCACUCUGGCCCGGAGUGGGGGUGGGGGGCAGCGGGGGGUGGGGGGGAAAGUUUGCAUUGCAAUCCCCCUGCCUUCCUCUCCUUUCUCCCGAUCAAUGCAUAUUUGCAAAAGGAUUAAGCCACAGAUUUAAGCGCCGGGAGCCCAUUUCUGCCAGGCAAAGGAGACCGGACUGAAAAGCCAAAAGCCAGCUCUGAUUUCUUUUCGUCAAGUGGGAAGGUGGUUUAUUUUUCUUGCUUUUUGGAGUCAACACCCUUCCCCACCAGCCCUUAUCCCCACCCUCACCCCGCAACCCCUUCACGCCCCCCUCCCCCUCCCCACUCCCCAUCCUCCCACCAGCCUCUAAAAGAGGCAAAGGGAUUUUUUUUUUUCUUUUGGUCUUCUUUUUUCCCCCUUCCCUGUUUAUCCUGAAAAGGAUCUGAAGCCAGCUUGAAGGAUAAAAAGCCUUGGUGCUGCCCAGGAGCCGAGCCGAGCAGCAGAAGAGGAAGAGCCGGGGGCUGCCGUUGCCUUUGGAGAUGGACGAGCAGCCCAGGCUGAUGCAUUCCCAUGCUGGGGUCGGGAUGGCCGGGCACCCCGGCCUGUCCCAGCACUUGCAGGAUGGGGCCGGAGGGACCGAGGGGGAGGGCGGGAGGAAGCAGGACAUUGGAGACAUUUUACAGCAAAUUAUGACCAUCACAGACCAGAGUUUGGAUGAGGCGCAGGCCAGAAAACAUGCUUUAAACUGCCACAGAAUGAAGCCUGCCUUGUUUAAUGUGUUGUGUGAAAUCAAAGAAAAAACAGUCUUGAGUAUCCGGGGAGCCCAGGAGGAGGAGCCGACAGACCCCCAGCUGAUGCGACUGGACAACAUGCUGCUGGCAGAGGGGGUGGCGGGCCCCGAGAAGGGUGGUGGUUCGGCAGCGGCGGCAGCGGCAGCGGCGGCUUCAGGGGGCGCGGGCUCCGACAACUCAGUGGAGCACUCCGACUACAGAGCCAAGCUGUCCCAGAUCAGACAGAUCUACCACACGGAGCUGGAGAAGUACGAGCAGGCAUGCAACGAAUUUACCACCCACGUGAUGAACCUCCUGCGGGAGCAGAGCCGGACCAGGCCCAUCUCCCCAAAGGAGAUUGAGCGGAUGGUCAGCAUCAUUCACCGCAAGUUCAGCUCCAUCCAGAUGCAGCUCAAGCAGAGCACAUGCGAGGCCGUCAUGAUCCUGCGCUCCCGGUUUCUGGAUGCGCGGCGGAAGAGACGGAACUUCAACAAGCAAGCGACGGAAAUCCUGAAUGAAUAUUUCUAUUCCCAUCUCAGCAACCCUUAUCCCAGUGAGGAAGCCAAAGAGGAGCUAGCCAAGAAGUGUGGCAUCACAGUGUCCCAGGUAUCAAACUGGUUUGGAAAUAAGCGAAUCCGGUACAAGAAGAACAUAGGUAAAUUUCAAGAGGAAGCCAAUAUUUAUGCUGCCAAAACGGCUGUCACUGCUACCAAUGUGUCAGCCCAUGGAAGCCAAGCUAACUCACCCUCGACUCCUAACUCAGCUGGUGGAUACCCUUCGCCAUGUUAUCAGCCAGACAGGAGGAUACAGUGACGGACUCGCAGCCAGUCAGAUGUACAGUCCGCAGGGCAUCAGUGCUAAUGGAGGUUGGCAGGAUGCUACUACCCCUUCAUCAGUGACCUCCCCUACAGAAGGCCCUGGCAGUGUUCACUCUGAUACCUCCAACUGAUCUCCCAGCAAUCGCAUCCCGGCUGACCCUGUGCCCCAGUCGGGACAGGGCCAGGAGGGAGGGUUUCUCUCCCAACGCUGAAGCGGUCAGACUGGAGGUCGAAGCAAUCAGCAAACACAAUAAGAGUCUCCUUCUCUUCUCUUCUUUGGGAUGCUAUUUCAGCCAAUCUGGACACUUCUUUAUACUCUCUUCCCUUUUUUUUCUGGGUAGAAGCCACCCUUCCCUGCCUCCAGCUGUCAGCCUGGUGUCCGCCAUCUUUCCUGCCCCCUCCCCCCUCUGUCCUAGACUCCCUGGGUCCCUGCCCUCAAUGACAUCACAGAAGGGUAUUUUCAACAAUUAGAGGAAUUUAAAAGAGGAAAGAAAAUAAUAAACGUGUUUGUAUGUUUUCAUGCUGGUGGUUUGAGGAGCCAAAUUUACCUCACUCGGAUCCCUCGCUCCCUCUAUUAACAGGCAGCCCUUCUCUUGUUUCUCUUCUUACUCUCACUACCUCUUAGCAGGAAUGCGCCACGUUGCCCCACUCAUUCCAGGCCCCCUGCCCCCUCUUGCUGUUCCCUCCCUGGGCUGGUUCUGCUUAGAACCCUUCCUCCUCUUCCUUCCCAGCCCCAGCUGUGCCCCGGGGACUGCCGUAGCUGGGCUUCUAAAGGUGCCACGUUUUCCGGUCUCAGGUCCGCUAGGUUGAUCCCCAGGCAGGAAGUCAAGCAGCAGGAGAGGACAUAAGCAACAAGAAGGGCAGAAUUCUUGGAGGCUUCCUCCUCUUCCUCCUAACAGCUCUUGGUUUCAGAGGCACAGUCUUUGGAGACCACGUCACACAUAGUAAGCAAUGUCCCGAACCUACUGCAAAGCCAGAUCUGAGUGGGCAUGGUGAUGAAUAAACCACUAAGGAGUAGAAGGUUCUUAUUGUGCAACCCUUCAACUAAACCUUCUCUCACACACACACACACACACACACACACACGUGUAUGUGCACACUCAGGCGCAUGUCAGCGCAUGCGCGGCCUCAAACAUUCAUUUCCUCCCGAUCAGUCACGUGCCACCUGCAAAGACCCACAUUAGCAACCGUGGCAAUUUGCCUCGUGAGCCCAGAAGAGUUCGGAAUUAGCAACUCUGAAUGAAGGCCACCGACACAGACACAGUAUGUGCCCGGGGCUUCCAGGACCUGCAGCCCCCCGGCAUGGCCACACACCAGAACGACAUACACGGGACUUGAUCAUGAUGGAGGAGGCCAGGUUGGCCGCCUCCGCUGUCCUGUUGGCUGCCACCUCUGGAGCGCUCAGGGAGCCACACACACUACUUAAAAUGCCUGUAAUGGUUUUGGUUCUGUUCUGGUUUUUGUUUUUAUAUGAGGGGCGUUGCAUUAGUUAUCCAAAGUGUUAUCAUGGCACCACAUUCCUGUUCUGGAGGGGUUGGGGAAGGACACAGCUUGGGCAGAUUUUGCUAGCUUAAUUUGAAGACCUGAGAGCGAUGGGAAAGAAGGGGUGAUAUUUUCAGGGAAAUUGUCACAGUGACUUUCAUUCCCUGGGAAUAUCUGAGAGGAGAGUACUCCUAGAAAGCUAUUCUAUAGUGUCACCUGAGCUUACAUUCUUCUUAGCCAGCUGCACCAGCGAUAAAGAUGGUGGCUCUGUAACCUGACCAUAAGUGGGAGGUGGUCAGAUCUCUCGGCGCCUCGUUUUCUUCGUCUGUGAAAUGGGGAUUAUGAUGCCUGGCUUACCAAGAGGCUUGUGAGAGAAUGAAGGAAUUGAUUUUAUUCCUAUCCCAUCUGUAAAUGGGAAGUCAGAGGAAGUGUCAUCCCUGAGAUAAAUUGGUUGGUGCCAUGGAGGGGCAACAUACGGUUUUCCUGUUCCAACUUCUGGUUACUAUCAGUACCCUGAUGUCAUUGCCAUGAUGACAAAGAGAAGAAGGGCUAUUGUUGUUGCUUCUUUGUUGAUUUUGGUCUGUUUGGUUUCCUAGACUAGAGAUAAGCCUCCACACUAGAAAAAUAGGACCCGGUUCUCUUAGUUUGUACUUGAAUCCAGUACGUGGCCUUGUAAGUACUUAGCCCCUUGUCACAUCUACUCUGCUUGAGAGGCCUGUGGGAGAGAGAGAAGACCCUGAGGGGAAAGGGUGGCCCGCUAACGAGGUCAUGGAAAUUGUGCAUGGUGCUACAGCAAUGAAUAGAAAUUGCUUCUGUGUGCGUGUUGGGGAGAGGGGUUACCUAAGAAACUGGAAGGUGUGUGAAUUUGAAGGAAAGGCAAAAAGUAAAUCUUUGGCAAGAUGGAAUUAUGCCUUGAUGACUAAGAGCAGUGGAAAGACUGUGUCUACUGACCUGUGCCCCAAUCAGAAAAGAGCCCGGUCGAGGGGCUUCCUGGCAGGAGCCAUCUUGUGACAACUCCAUAGUCGUGGAGCCAUUGGAGAACCUUGUUCAGUGUCAGGGGUCUGAACUACCCAUGCAGGAGUACGGCUGGAUCACAUGCCUGACUGUGCAAAGUACAGAAGAGACCCGGAAGGGUUCUCUUGGCAACAGGAAGAAUGAUUCCAGAUUUGGAUGGAAUGAUUGCCAUUUUAAGUUGUUGAAACAGAUCAGAGCAGAGCUACGUUUGCAGGCAGUUUCUCUCCCCACAGGAGUUUGCACUGAUUCUCACCUCGCCCAGCAUCUUCCCCACUCAGACCUCUCUGUUCCACAGUUUCCCACCACCUACCCCAUGCCCACUGUCAAGCCCAACAUGGCAGCCACCAGAUCCCCCGACAGCAAGUAAGGCAUGGGAACUCUGGCCGCAGAAGGAAGGGGAUGGAAAGAGCGUGCCUCUGGAAAUACAGCUCCCUGGGAAUUCAUAUUAGGUCAAUCCUACAGAUACCAAAAUGUGCCCCAGGACUCCUGCAUUUACUAAUGGGAGUGGGAGCGUUCCGUUGUCCCUGGCAGCCGAUUUCCCCUGAGUAAUACUAGCCCUUGGGAUUGCCCACCUUGUAACUCUCCAUCUCAAUCUCUUUUUCACCCCUAACUCCUCCCCCUCACGUGGAAUUGACACAGUACGUUUGCCAAGUGGCACCUUCCUUACUUUUUUUUUUUUUUAAAUUUCGCUGUGGUGGUUGUUCUUUAUUUGCUGGUUGCCUUCUCUCACAUACCUUCCCCCCCCUUUUCCUUCUGAGUUUUAUUUUUCUGCCCAGAAAAACCUGACUUCGAUACCAAAAAAAGAUGAAACUACAGAAACUCAAAUUUAAAAAAAACUUAAAAAAAUACAAAAAAAUACUCAACAAUUCUUUCAGCUUUAUUAACAUUUUCCAUUGUUUCUUGCGACUUGUGUCUCGUUCUUUGUAGUAUUGAUGAUGAACAUUUAUAAUGAAUGUUCUUGUAUAUUCAGAUAAAGAAAAAAAAAAACCAAAAAAGCGGUCUGAAUUUAAUAGUGUUUAUAAUAAAAAUUUUAAAAAUGACCCUCAUAGCACGCAAAACAGGAUGGGGGGCUCCCCCUCUUUCUGUGACAGUACACAUCAUUCCUGCGUUCGUUUUUAACACCAAACUACCUACAUUAAUCAUUUCCCCCAUUUUUCUUUUAUUUUCUUGCAUUUGUGAAUUAGUUCAAGAAUGCUAGAAAAGUGUCGAGUUGUGCACAUUCAUUUCCUGUUUCACAAUGUUUAAAAGUGACAGUAAUUCAUUUUGUAAACUAAAAAAAAAAAAAGGGUUGGGAUAGUGAGCAUAAUAGGUACAACCUAACACGUUAUGUUUAUUAACUUUGAGACCCAGAAAUAAAUUCUUUUCUUUCUUUAUUCCUGCUCUUUAAAAUAUAAAAAAAAAAUUAUGUUUUGUGUUAUUUUUGGUUGUUUUCUUGGGGGGGCUUUUUUUUUUUAAUUGUCAGGAUUACGAUCUUGCUGUUUUUAUUCCUUACAUAUGUAUACGAGGUGAUGUGAAAAAAGACAUUUGUAGAGUAGGCAGUUUCCUUGUACUUCUACUUCGCUCCAGAAUUCAGUUGACCUCAAAGACAAAGAUGAAGCCCAUGCGGAUGUCCCAUCACUCACCUGCAUUUCCAGAGUGUGGGGCAGUCCCUGAGAAAAAACACCGUCAGGGACCUGGGUUUUCUCCUUUUGGCCCUUUAAAAAUUCAAGGAAUCGGCCCAGGAGACCUUUGAUAAGGUAGGGAGACCCUUUUUGCCUUUGUUGACUGUGAAUGUCACAACAAAGUGCUUUCUUUUCUUUCUUCUUGAUUAAUAACAACAUUCCAGGAGCCCUCUUACAACUAGAAAGGAUUUUUUUCCUUCCAGAAGCAUCCCACAGAAGUCCUGGUGUGAUGGGCCACGGGCUUCCUAGACUAGAUCCGGGAGGCCGUCCCCGGGGUCAGUCAGCCUGCGGAUCCCUUGAGUCCCAAUUUUGGAUGAAGAGUCAAGAACCUGAGCCUGACUCCGUGCUCUCCUUUUAACACUGAGAGGUGGAGUUUGAUGCCUUGACAGCAUACCUCUUAAUUACCCUCUGGCUACUGAAAAGCAAAUGGUUAAACCAGCUUGAUUUGGAAUGUUUUUAUUAGUCAUGGGAGAAAAGAAAGCGGUAUUCUCUGGAAGAAACUUAUUUUAAACCUCUUUCAUUCAACAAAUGGUUAGGUGUCCAGAAAGCACCUAGAACAUAAGAGAAGUGAAGGCAAAGACGCGGGACCGUGGAACAGUGCGCCACAGGUGUUUCUGCCCCAGACACCUGCUUGCCUGCUCCUGAGUCAACAAAAUAAUGAUGAGCUUUUCACAUCACCUUUAUGGUUUCAACACCCAGCUCGAAGCUUUCUGGACUCUUUUAUUUUUUGUAAACUUCUUUUUUCCUUUUGUUAAAAUGAAUAAAACAUUCAAUGUUUUCCCCCUUUUCUCUCUUAUUACUUCCUUUCUUUCCAAUUAUUUUGAAGUGCUUCCCUUCGGUUGUUGGUUUUAUUCUCCCCGCUCCCUUCCCCUGUUCUUACUCAGAGUAUAAACCUGCAAAGUUCUGCUCUGUUUUGGUUUUGAAAGUUUAAGCUUUUCUGCUUCUGUGAGAGCAGGGGCUUCUGUCCCUUUUGAUUCCAACUGAACUUUUGUGUUCUCUAAUGAUGCUAACAUGCUGUAGGCUUUACAGUCUCCUAAUUUGUACUGGUAAUGCAUAUUCCAAAUAAAUAGUUUCUUUUGUUGCAAAAAAAUA